UCUCUGACGUAAAAUGUUAUCUAAACGUGCGUGAUAUUUAUUAAGAAGUUGUCAGUAGACGAUAGUCAGACAGACGCGAGCAGAUAAAUGCUUGAUAUCGCAAAUACAUAUCGUGGUUAUACAAAAUGUAUGCGAAUACAAUAAAGUUAGCAUUAUGUAUCUGUUUAUUCCUGACAAUACCGAGCUACACAGAGCAACAGAUACUUACCGCAAUAACAACAAUAGCAAGAAUAACAUAUAAUGUUGCUAAACUCUCUGGUAACGUCAAUAGUAUCUUGGAUAUUUUAUUUGGAGGGGAGAGCGGUGGUAUUACGACGCAAGACCUUGAUGAAGCGGUUGAGUCUAUUACAAGAAACAUUAAUGCUGCUAAAAUGGAUAUACUGAACUCAAUAUUACUACAGUCUAAGUUCGACAGAAUUGACGACGCUGUAAUAGGCAUAAGAAGCUCUUUGACGGAUCUGAAGAAUUGUAUAGAGGCAAAGGAACCAACAAGUAGACAUGAAUUUCAGAAGUUAUUCAUAAAGAGAUAUGAGAGCGACGGUAUCGAAAUGAAAAUCCGGUUUUUGCCACAGGUUUUAACGUACGAAGUACCUGGUAGGUCUGGGCAACUUCUUUCCCUCUUAACGGAGACGACACGUUGCAAUCUUACUGCACUGUAUGAAUUUCAAAUCUUUUACUUGGACCUUUUGUCUAGCGGAAUUGCCCUUGAAAUGGCUUACUUGAAAGUAACAACACAUAUCCAGACAAAAAACGCAAUGGAAUAUUGGCAUACACCUUGUGAAAAUAUCCAGCAAGCUUUCGAGAAAGUUGUUAAUGAAUGCGAGUCCAAGUUUGUAACAUAUGCGAAUGAAGAUAUUGCAGAUGCCGCUUCUCCGGUAGAUCUAUGGGCUAAAAAUAAUAGAUGGUUUCCUUUGAAAUUGAAUGAUGUUUUCUUUUCGCAAGCACGACAAUCAUUUCAGUUUGUUUAUGUAGAAUAUGAAGACGGUAGUAUGGUUUGGACAAAAACUGGACAAAAUAACAGAUAUUCUGUUUUUUAUGAUAAUCCACCAAAGCGCUAUACUCUGUCGCCUUAUACCCUAGCAAAUGCAACAGGACUGUUACAAGCUGCUAUAAAGGGAGAAGAUGAUAAAGAAGCUGCUAAAAAUAUUGGAACAUCUACCAAGAACUUCUUAUCUGCGUUUGGUUAUGGCGUUCAAACUUUACUUGUUAUAUUUGACAAUGGGGGAUUCACGGAAAUUCCAAGCAAAGAAUCUCCGGCUUUGAAAGCUGAACUGAAAGGUAUAAAGAUGAAAUACUGUGAUCAACGUGAUGAUGGAUGUAAAGACGCAGAAACAUGUGGUGACACAUGCAACAUUGUUAAAGAACCAGUCGGAAAUUUCAAAAUCUACGCAUACAUCUACAAAGUGAAGGCAGCAAGUCAAGGAAACCGCAUCAUGUUGGAUGUGGAAAUCCUCUAAAGAGUUUCCCGUUGGUGAUCCUUCUUCAUGUAGGUGCAUUAACAAUUUUUGCCAGAAAAAUAGUUUUCUGAGAAACCAUGUAAAUGUACGUUUAAGUUUAAAAUAAACACAAUAUUAAACGGAAAAUGAUAUUUACUUAAGGACUUAUAUCUUAUAUCGCUAUUUUUUGCCGAAGAUGCAAAGUUAAUAUUAAAACCCUUAAAGAUUUGCAGAAUAGCCUGCAGAUUUAUUGUACACACAGUGUUUUAGUUGGGAUUAAAAGUUAACAUUAUGAAAACAGAAAUUGUUAUAUUUCGGAAAGGAGGAAACACUGUUGCUAGAGAAAAAUGGUUUUACUAUAACGGCAAACAGAAUUGUUGUAGAUAAGUUUUAUUAUCUUGAUACCUUAUUCGGAUACACUGGUAAUAUUUCGUUAAACUAAGGCAGUUUGACAAACAAGUUGUAUAACUGGUAAGAUUUUAAUCUAAACUAGUGGUCCCGUAAUGACACUCGGCCAUUUCCAUCAGACAAUGUACAUAAAAUGUAGUAUUCGCGUUCGAUGUUUCUCAUUACACUACUGUGCAUGAUCAUUGAUCGGAGCGCACGGCAAACAUACGACAACUUUUUUCAUGUCCACGCGCAUUUAGUGUAUAAUAUGUUUAAUAUACUGACUAAAGGUUAGGGUUAGGAUUACCAUGGUUACAAAAUUUAUACUUUAAAAAUAACAAAAAUUCAAAUCGCUUGAAUGCGGUCUGAUAUAAAUAUUAGGCGCACAAGAUAUGUUUUUAGUCCCAGUCAUUCUCGUUAUGCAAUUCGGCGUUUUUUGGACGAAAAUUUGAUGACAGUGCUCGUUUCCGUAAUAGAAUAAGAAAAGAAGAAAACCACAGGUUGCCAAACACGACAUAAAUGAAAAUGUUGCAGACUCGGUUUGGUUGAGCCUGUACCUUGACGGUAGUUGAAAUGCAUGCUACCGUCCAUGCUCUCUAGCCCCGGGUUGAGCAGAACUCAACAUUUUCACAUGCUGUAAGUACUAGAAUAUAUUUUAGAGACAUCAAUAGAUGUAUUCAUACGGCGGUGCACAUGGAACCUUAAACGAUGCACAGAGUGCAAUUCCAUGAAAAGCGGCGUAUGGUCCCCAGAUAAAAUGAUGGCUUUGCCCUAAAUGAGAAAAUAAUGUGCAGAACUAAACAAACUGGAAGUUAGAGAUGAUGUCUGUGGUUAUGGGUCAUGCAGAAACUGCCUCAAAACAAAUUUAAAAAACAGGCACCAUAUCCAAGGGUUGAUUAAGCCAUAGCCGAAACUUUUAAAGUGGGAGUAUUGGAACCACCCACGCCGAAAUGUUCAUGCUGAAAAAUAAAACAGUAUACUAGCACAUCAUAAAUAUCGUGCUGAACGAUCUGAAGAGAUUGAAAUAUAACAGCUCUGGCUGAAGGUUCGUGGAGACUUUUUAAAGCCGCCACACGGCACAAACACACAAAACAAAGCCGGACAAUUAUAUCUAACUUGCCGAUUGUCAUUACGGGUUCACUUCCUAAUAUCUCACGUGACAUUAUCAUAAUUUUGUAUAAAGAUGUACCAUGUACAAGUCUGCAAUAAAAUAAUGUUCUGUUCUGUAAACAUGUUUGAUUUAGUAGAUGAUUUCCACACGUCUAAAUUAAUGAAAUACUGAUAAACACAUACACACAGGGGUUGUGGUUUUCAACAAAUAGGUUAGCGGGAAACAUGUAUCACCUUAAUCAGUCCGCAGAUAAGAGAAUUUACUACCAGUUGUAAAUAAAUCACAUCUCCUAAAUUUAGCAAUUAGUAAAGAUUGGUACCCAGUAUCCUUUAUAUGCUUGUAUAGUUGUGUGAAUACAUUUACUCAUGAAUAUCAAGGUUUAAUGUAAGUAUCAGCAAUAUGUGUUAUUAACUCAACUAUUAUCUUACUUGGUCGUUGUCAAGAACAGUUUUAUGCGUUUUUACACAAUGAUUUAGGGAAUACUUUACUUAUGAUGUCUAGAAAGAAUCUAGUUAUAUCAGUUAGAAAAGAAAUGCAUAUUCGUACUAUUAAAUAUAUACUGAUAUUUGUUUCAUUAUACCCAAGAAUUACGUAAUUUCUCAUUUUCUUAGUGUCUUAUUUUUAACGUGUUUUUUUUUCUUUCGUGUGUUUUGACU